AUGAAAAGCUUUGUGAGUCUGGCCGGCAAGGAGCUGGAAGACACGUGCUUGGCGCGUAAAGAGGCUCAGCGACGGGCUUGUGACCUUGAAGCCGACCGAGGGCGGGAGAGGUCGGCUAUGGCGAACCAAGUCCCAGAUGAUGGACGCUGCAUUUAUGUUGGGGGUCUUCCCAAACAUGCAGAGUGGCAAGAGCUGAAGGACCAUAUGAAGACCGCUGGCGAGAUCGAGUACUGCGACGUGCUGUACAACGACUGGGGCCAGCCGCGGGGUAUCGGCUUCGUGCGCUACAAGACCGAAGCGGAAGCCCAGCAAGCUAUUGCCAGCCUCGAUGGCAGCUCAAUGGAAGGCAAAGCCGUCCAGGUGUCUGCGUGGACUGGGCGGCCGCCUAACCCAAACAGCCCCGGGAAGAUGAUGUACCAGAUGAUGGCCUGGUAUGGGGGCGCACAGAAGAGGCUCAAGGUUGACCCUGAGAAGGCCACCCUGGUGGAUCGGGUCAAGAACUUCCAAAAAACAGGCCAGGACAAGAAGGAGCUUUGGUAUGCCUUCUGUGGCGAAGUGAAGGAUCCUGCCCGACAUGACAUAGACAAGCUUAAGGAGUUUGUUGCCCUGCACUCGGUGCCAUGA